CGGCAGCUGCCUCGGAUGCCCUGGUUAGCCUGAGACACCUGUCGAACACGCGGGCUGCAUGGUUCGGCAAGGACGACGUGAAGGCGGGGCCGAUCGUCAAGGGCGUGGCCAAGCUAGGCUGGAGCUGGGAGGCGAUGGACGUGACCGCCUGGGCCAGCAAGUCGGAGCUGCAGGCCGCCUUAUCGUCAUUGUCAGAGCAGCCUGGCAGCCUGAUCGAGCACGUCUUCGUGCAGGAGUGGGUCGACUUCGACGUGGAGAUGCGGCAUUUUAUAGUGGAGCCACGUCUGGAGGACCCCCAGACCUGGAAGGCUAAGAAGAUUGUCUACACUGUCUUCAAGACGCAGGACGAGGGGAGCUUUCGAAACUUUGACCGCUACGAGCGCAAGGGCUGCCUCGGGGCCUGCUUUAAGAACGACGACGCUGCCCUCGCGGACGCGGAGCAGCAGGCCGAGGAGCUGAUCGGUCGAUGGCUGCAGUGGUUGCAGGGCAUGUCCCACGAGCUGCCCGUGGUGACCCGCUUCGACAUCCUGGCGAAGAGGGUGGGGCCCGGGAAGGCCAGGGUCGCGGUGGCGGACCACCGGGGAGCUGACGGAGCUCGGGGGCUGCUUCCUGGGCUGGCCGCAGGGGCCCAAGACGGUCUUCGGCGCGAUGCUGCGGUCUUGCUUCAAAGGAUCCAAGCUACCCUCCUGAUGGUCGCGCCCCAUCAGCGGGCUUUGGCGCCCUCGGCGGGGCGGCGGCAUCCCUGGAGGGGCCGUGCCAAGAGGCUCUGGCUCUCCGCAGCUCUGGGCGACCAGGUUGUGCGACAUGUGCAGGCAUGGGAGCAGGACGGACGAGAGGGAGGCGGCGCAGGAGGAGCAGGAGUGCCCUUCAGGGCCGCGACCGAGUAGGCCGCAGUAGGCGCGCCCUGCGGCGCAUCCCGCGGCACCCCCCGCCCAGCCAGCGGUGGGCCACGCAGGGGGAUCGGGCGUUGCGUAACGGAUGGGCGAAUAUGGAUGUAUCCCCGCCCUGUGUCCAAUCACGCAGCGCCCAGCGUCAGGAAGUUUUGCCCAGGGCGCGGCGUGCGGCGGGCGCGCGGACAGGCGUAUGCGGGGCCGCGCCGGGCGCGGCAGGGAGGCCGCUCCGCUGCGCCCCGCCCCGCCCCGUGGGGGGGGGGGGACUCCCCCCUUCCGAGGAUGCGGGCGGGGGGCCUUCGGGCCGCCUCCUCGCUCCGCCUCCUGGGGCCGCC